GCUGUGGGCUCAAGUGCCUUCCGCAGGAUCUCUCGGCAGAUCACCUGGAGCCUGCUUUGGACGUCCUAGAAGAGUUCCCAGUCUGCUUUCUGUGGAGCCUCGAGGGGCUGGAAUCUGCCGUGAAGCGCGCAUGGUCAGAUGACUUGAAGUUUUGCGGCUGCAUAUCUGUCGUUGCCCAUGCAAGGCAUGUGGUGAAAAUGCGGGCAGAGAUGCUGCAGACAGCAGAUGAAGCUCCAGCAGACCAGGGGGACGGAACUCGCUUCUGGCUGGGAAGAAGAGGUGGCAUAGAAGGACACUUGUGGCUGGAGUGGUGCGUGGGUGCGGAGCUUGAUAACGAGAGAUUCUUUGAGGGCUGUGUUGCCGCAGUGAACAAGGUGUCGAACACGGCAAGGGCUCAGUCUGUGGGCCGAGGGAUCCUGGCGAUGAUGCUCUACGUGAAGUCCGGCGUGGACGAGGUGGUCUGCAAGGAGCUGCAGACGCUAGCUGGCCGCCUGGCCGUUUUCUUGGGCUGCAAGCGGAACUACACUGACAGUAGCGCGGAGAUCUCGCCUGCCUUCCUUCUGUUUGAAUACGUCACCGGCUUCCUCGUGCGAAAGCAGCAGGUGACACUGAUCCAGAAGUUCGCCGAGGAAGCUUUCGGAGGCCGUUCCCUGGUGGCGCAGAUGAUCAUGGGUGCUGGCAAGACCACUUGCAUUGCCCCGAUGUUGACUCUUCUGUUGGGCAAUGAUGGCCGCCUGGUUCUUAACAUCGUUCCCAAGGCACUUCUGGCACAGACGCGGAAUGUGAUGCGGAAAAUGUUUGGGCAGAUCCUGGCAAAGCGAGUGGUGACACUGGAGUUCAGCAGAAUGAUGGGGCAGGACGACCCCUUCGAUGUGCAGCUGAUCAAGCAGCAGCUCUUUGAUGCCCAGCGGGAUGCGGCGGUUGUUUGUACGACCCCGGCCGCAAUCAAGUCCAUGUUCCUGCGGCACCUGGAGCUUCUGCAGCUCAACCAUCUGCACCAACACACUCUCAACAAAUACAAGAAGGAGAUGCACAAGGCCAAGGACUCUGUGUCCCAGACCCGGUUGAAGACGCGCAUGCAAGACGUGAAUAAGGAAGUUGAGGGGAAUCGGGUGAUGGCCGGGUUCAUCGCUGACGUGCUCGCAAUGCUGCGGAACAACAGCUGUGCGCUCAUUGACGAGGUGGACUUGGUCUUGCAUCCUCUGAAGUCAGAGCUCAACUUCCCCAUCGGCAAUUUCGAGAUGUAUGACCUGGGUUGCGAGCGCUGGAACCUUGCAGUUCAUCUGCUGGAUGCCCUCUUCCUGAACGAUGAGGGCCAUGCUGCUGCAGGCACUUUCUACCCGGAGAUCCGCAAUUGCAUCGGCAAGGUUGGUGAUGCCGCUGCUGCGCGUAUCUCCGAGUUGGAGGAAAGGAUUCCGCAAAUUAUUACGAAAGGCUACGAAAUGCUGACGCUGCAGAAACAGCCGCAUUUGGUGUUGCUCAGUCGGCCGUGGUACGACCAGAACCUCCGUAGGCCCCUUGCUGAGUGGCUGGCCUGUUGGCUGGUAACUCGGCCAGAGGCGGAAAAGUUCAGAGAGGGGGUCGAGUUCGAGGAUGUUUGCGACUUCCUCUCCAUGGAGCUCUCAGAGUUGCUCAAGUCCAAGUGCAAGUCGAGGGUCGAAGUCAAGGCCGAGGGGGCCCUGGGCAAGCUGCUCACCCUGGGUCGAGAGUGGCUCUUCAGCCUAGUUCCGCACGUCAUCUCGAAGAUCGACCGAGUGCAGUAUGGUCUUCUGACCGAGCAUGAGCUGCAGCAGCCUGAAAAUCAGAAGGCUCCGUCCAGCCGCCGGCUGCUGGCCGUCCCCUUCGUGGCAAAGGACAAGCCCAGCCCGGCAGCGGAGUUUGCGCAGCCAGACGUGCUUAUCGGCUUUACAGUGUUGGCAUACCGCUACGAGGGCCUCCGACUGUCUGACACCGUGCAAAUGCUUCACCACCUGCAGAUGAAAUCCGGCCGCGAGUCCGGACCGUGGGGCUCGCGUCCCACCUGCAUACUCUUCGAACGAUGGAAGGACCUGGGCAGCAAGCGUUACGAGGAAAAGGGUGGCAAGGCAUCUGCAGGAGGUUUGGAGCCGCUGAAUUGGGAGGUUCACUUGGACGAUGAGUGGAAGAAGCUUCCGAACUCAAUUACCGAGAAGCUCCGCGAGGCUGUGGCGAUGAAGCAGACGAAGAUACGCUUCAAAGGCUUCGGUGCCCAGCCCUACGAGAUCGAUCUGGAAGCGAUGGUCCAAGUGAAUCUCAAGUCGCACAAGAAGCGCGACAUCCGGCAGGUCGAGUCCCACGCCAAGAGGGGUGACGACCUGAAGCUCCCAGAGCUUCAAGCCCUGUCGUCAUCAACUGGCGACGAGGAGAGCAAGAAAAAGAAAAAGAAGGUCGAGGAGGAGAAGCCGGACGGCGACGCAGGAGAUGCUGCCCUUGCAGGCGGAGAGGUCCAGGAGAAGAAGCCCGAAGGCCAUGCGCAGGUGGCCAUGGAGCUGCUCGGCCCGGUCCCCGAAAUCAUUCUCUGGUACCUGCUCACCAUGGUCUUUGAUGCCGUGCUGCGACAGCAGCCCUACAAGCUGUCCGCCACAGGGCAGGAGCUGGGCUCUUCGAUGCUCUUCUCCACGCGCAUAGGCUUCUCAGGCACACCGUCGUCGCUGCUGCCUGAAGACCUUGGGACAUGUCUCUUCGAAGCCGAGAAUGAAGGUGAGAUCCUCUCAGUGCUGAGCGACGAGCAGCAUGUAGUGCCACCCCUCAUCGAGAUGCCAGCAGACUGGUCGCCGGAGAGUAUCCUGAGGAAGGUGGCAGAGAGCAAGGACCCUGUGUAUCAUUGCCUCAUCGACACCGGUGCUUUGGUGAUGGGAUUCACCAACGAGGAAGUCGCGAAGGUGAUGCUGAAGAUGCUUCCGGAAGAACUCUUUGACGGAGUUGCCUACUUUGAUGACAGGGAUGCUCCGAUGGUAAUCCUCCGUGGGGCC